AUGGAGGGAAAUUUCUCCACUGAGAGAAGAAGGGCCAUGAAGAGCAUAAAACAAUGUGUCAGAAACAUUCCUAGACUCAAACAGCCCCCGGAAAGCCCUAAAGACACCCACAGUGCUUCCAACAAUGGGCCGCCCUGGGUUCCAGUUCGGCUUUCAGGGGAUACAAGCAGGGGCGCUUCCGUUCUGGAGUCCAAGGUGAAAGCUUUGAAAGAGAAGAAGGGUGCCCUUAACAAGCAAGGUGAAUUGGUGCCCCAGGAACGGGCUUCUCCGAAGAAGGCCAAGACCCGUAAGGUGAAGCCGCUGACGGAGCCUGCCCCUCAGGAUGCGUUGGUGGAACCACAGUCUCAAAUCCGCACCUACUUGACAGAUGUGCUGCUGGACAGCGCUGACUACCCAUGUCUUGGGCAGGAGGAAGUUGAGGAGGGGAUGCUUUCGAGUUCAUAUAUCAAUGACUUUGCAGCUCUGAAGAGGCCGAAGGCUGCAGGAGAAGCUACAAGUUGGAGUUCACCCGAGGAGUUUCAGAGACUGCCUGGAAGGAACGGUCUCGAAAAUAAGGUCCCUUCAGGAAACGUUACAGGAAGAAUAUCCAAAAAUGGUCUGUGUGGAGCCGGUUCCUCAAAGGACCUUCCCUUCGAACAGGAACCUUUCGAGGAAGCAAAUGGUGAAGAAGACCACCAGUUUCAGGCUAGAGAUUUUGGAAGCAGUCCUUUCCCCCCCAGAAACGACGCCUGUGGAGUAGCAACAACUGGGCGCUUUUGGAGAGCUGAGAGCUGGGACAGUCUCGGCAGCGGCGGAAGCAAUGCAAGCAGCCUGUCCCUGGCUGAAAGGGUGGAGAGGAACCGGGCUAUUCUGCAGGAGAUGCUGAGCAUGCCAGUGCAUAACAGCCAUCACCCUUCGCAGGAAGUGCAUACCCUGCAUCGGCACAAGAAGGAAACCCCAGUCCUUGGGAAUGAGAGGCCCAGUAAUGAGAUCCUGGCAAACGACGUAGACUGGGACUCCGGUGUGUCCUUGCAGGACUCCGAAGGCUUCCGGGCCUUUGUUCCCAACCAGGAGCUGGAGCUGAGCCCCAGGCAUGAGCAGGCCAAGCAACUGCUGCAGAGAGCUCGCAUGAAGUCCCGGACAAACCCUCUCCGAGCCAGCCAUAGCAUCUUGCCCGCUGCGCCCCAGGAAAGGAGGGAUGCCUGUGGGUUUGCUGUUGUGGACACAAGGAACUUUGCUCUGAAGGACGGAGACUCCCAUGCUAGUGGGAACCUAAGUGAUUCCUCUAGCGGGGAAUCUAGCUGUAGUCAGCAGAGGAAGCGGGGGCCGUCGCCAUCCCGAGUCCGUUUUGAAGACGAAUCUGCGCGGGACGCUGAGGUCCGCUACUUGGAACGCCUGCAGCAGCGUCAGAAGCGGGUCCUGGAUUCGGUCCUCUUAUUUCUUGGACAGGGCCCACUGGCCUCCAAACCGGACCUUUCAGACUAUAUAAACGGCGACCUCCAGCGUAAGCAGAACGGAGAACAGCAGAACGCUAGGCAAGUGGCGGAAGUGCUUGCUCACCAAAGCAGCAAGGGGCGCUCUGAGAGGGGGAAACCUCUUGUGGUCAAUGAGGAAGGGAAAUGCAGUGCCUGUGGCUCUUACAUCACCAAUUCAGCACCCAAUCAGAACCCAGAUGCCCGAGUCAACCCGACUGGGAAUGCCAUGCCUCCAACCGGCAACAUCCCCCAAGAAAGCAAAAAUUCAGCCCAGGCCAAUGAAAACAAAGAGCUCAGUACAUGCCAAGAGGACCCACGGACAAGGACUCUGGGUCCUAAAGGAACUCCACUGUGGAUCCUCCCUUCUCGGCAGCAUGUGUACACAGAACGUAUCAGGGAGACUUAUAUUGGAGAAGUGACUUGCAUAGAUGAUGUGGACUCGGCUUUAGACAGCACCACUGACACCUCAGACAGCUACAGGACUGACAGUGAAGAGGCUGGGACCAGCAGCUGCCGGCCGGGGAACAAAAAUAACUACCGUGGUAGUUCCGGUUCUGAUCCUAAGCUACCUUGUCCUUCAGAAAAGGGCCAGAAGGCUGAGUGGGAGAGGCGCAGGGAGAACGGUGUCUGCAGUACCAGCGGGGAGAAGACCUGGGAUAAUGGGGCCAACGUUAGUCAAGUGGAGAUCCAGUCAACUGCUAACGAGACAUGCAACUGUCAUUUGAAAGGGGCUUCGCAAGUGAAAGAUCAGGUGACCAGGAGGACAGUCAAUGGGGUGGAAAGCUUUCCCAGAGUCGGCCAGCCUGCCGAUCAGUUCCAGCAGAUCAAGAAAGGCAAGGCCCAAGGACACACCAGGACCGCCAAAGUUCAGCUGAGGCAGCCCACGCCUGCCGUCUGCUCCCAGCAGGUGCCUUCCCAUUUGGUCCCUGGUGGUGGGACAGAUUCUUUGAAUGAGAAGCCACUGGAAAGCUCUGAUCGUGCUCCUCGGCCAACCAACAAUUUAAGCCAGACUGCACAGAUAACAGGCCCAUCACAGCAAAUAGUAAAGCAAACGGCCGUAGGCUACAACUUAGUGAACCGGGUACCUGCACCUCCUAGCACUGGAAAAGCCCUCUCCUCCCCUUUGCCUUACAGGAGGGCUGUCUUGACAGGCGGCUUCAAGCCCACCAAUCAGGAUCCCGGGCUCAUGGGCCAAGCCAACGAACUGUCAGUUAACUCAGCUUCCCCCAAUGGUUUGCAGCAAAAAUGUGUGUCUGGCCUGCAGGAGCAGUGUUACUUGCAGCCAGCUCCAGACAUGCUCUCCAAGAGUCACCUGCUGGCCUUGUCCACCAAUAAUUGCAAUAACACACAUGCCAAGGGUCUGCCAGAAGGCUCGGCGACGGCUACAGAGGAAAACAGUGAGGAGCAUCUCCAGAAUAAUUGGAAGUUGGACAAGAGCAAAGGUCCGUUACCCUUGUCGUGUGGUGUUCCCCCUGUUACUCCCACCGCCAUGAGUUCUGCUGCCAUCGCUCUUUCCCUGACAGCUGAGGAGGCCGACAGCACCAUCUCCGCACAGGGGUGCGGCAGGGAAGCUCCGAAGGGGGAGGCACGGAAGACCAAGCCAGUGCGACCAAAUUCAGCCCAAGGCAAAACCUUAGAAACCUACCCAGGGCCAAAGAAGAAGCAGUUUGCCAAGAAAGCGGCCCCCAGCACCGCCUCCUCCUUUUCUUCCUCCUCCUCCCCGUCAGGGCUGAAGAAAUUCUUCACCUCCUUGAGCCAGAGCACGAAGCAGCGGCUGGGCAGGUUCCGCUGCUACAGCAUGGAACAGAUCUCUGACGCAGGGACAGAUGCUCAAGCGGCCCCCGAGGAACCAGGCAGAGGUGCCACGAGCUCCCCAAAAAUGAAGAAAGCCCCUUCUCUGCAGUCCUUGCGCCUGGUGUCGCCCUUCAACCAACCACGAAAAUCCUCCUCCGUUCAAAAUUUGCAUUCCUUGUUGGGCAAGACCGACCGGUCCAGCCUCUACCAGCUGGGGGAACCAAAGGAUGGAGCAUCUGUGCCUGACAGGAAAGUGGGUGCUCAUCCCAGGCGUUCCCUCAGCGUAGAAGACAUUGGCUCCCCCAACUUGGUGAGAACUGUUGGACGGGUGGUGGAGGUCUUCCCCGACGGAACCAGCCAGCUAGAACUGCAGCGGUCCCCGCAGGGCACCUUCGGGUUCCGUGUCUCCUCAGGAAACGGCCGCCCCGAUACAGGUAUCUACGUGCAGGAGAUGGUAGAUGCGAGCACAGCUAAACUUUACGCUGGGCUUCUGGGAGUCGGGGACGAGAUCCUGGAGCUGAAUGGCACCAAGGUCGCUGGGCUGGGCUUGGCCCACAUCAACGAGCUGCUGUUGCGGGCAGACACCCUCUCGAUCCGAGUACUGAGGCAGCGGCCCGUUCGGCGGUAGCAGAGAGGCUGAGAGGGCACUCGCCAGCGCUUUUCCAGACGCCAGAGCUUUUUACUGCUCGUUUGUUGCAAAGGAGCUUGCCUGCCUGCCUGGGACUUGGAGCAGUGCCUAGCUCAUCUC